AUGUCGCUCGUCCCCAUCUGGGUGGAGCAGGCGCCGUGCUGGCUCCUCCAGGUCUUGCCGAUGGAAAUCAUCGGCAAGAUCUGUGAGGAGGUGGCCGGCGCCUACAACGGCCGCCGGACCCUGGCGCUGCUGGGCCGGACCUGCCGGGCCUUGUACAGCGUGGUGAUGCCACUGCUGUACAAAAACCUCAACGACAUCACGCCGCACUGGGAAUGGCCCAUGACCUUCGGCCCUCGGGGCCACAGGUGCCAAUUGCUCCUGCGCACGCUCUCCGAGAGCCCCGCCCUCGGUCGCCUGGUCCGCUCCAUGGACAUCAACAACGACGGCACGGGCCGCCUGUGCGAAGGCCUUGUCAUCCCGGGGCAAUAUAGGCGCCUGUACGAGACCCUCUCCACCGUGCUCCUCGGCGCCAACCACAUCACCCAGGACGCCCGCCUCAACCCGACCACGGCCCUGCUCUUCGUCCACCUCGCGCCGAACCUCACCCGCCUCACCCUCACCAUGAGCCACAACUGGUGCGACACCUCCUACCUCCUCUACAAGCCGGCCCCGCACCUGGUCCAGGCCCGCGUGACGCACCAGGCCCUCACCCACCUCACGAUCCGCUGGUUGGGCGGGCACUUCGAGGCGACGGGCGCGAGCCUGCACAAGCUGAACGGGCUGCUGCACACGGUGCCGAACCUGACGCACCUGACCAUCGAGCGCGCGCGCGCCGGCACCUCGGUGACCUUCCGGCUGCCGCGGCUGACCGUGCUGCGCCUGCCCGGCGCCCACCUCUGCGUGCGCGGCCUGCGCAACCUCACCCGCUGGAGCCCCAACCUGGUCCACUUCGAGAUGAGCCACGACCAGGGCGUCCAAUGGCCCGUCCGCUGCCAGCCCGUCUCCCCCGCAGAGGUCCUCAACUGUCUGCGCCCUGCGGCCGCCAGCCUGCGCUGGCUCCGCGUCGAGACCUGGGUCCCCAGACCUGGACAGCAGUUCUCGGUGGGAUAUCAAUUGUUGCAGGGCGGCGUGCUGGGCGCCCAGUUCACCCGGCUUAAGCAGGUUGCCAUCCACUGGGCGUUGAUCGGCGGUCGACUGGAUGACGAACAGCGGCUGGUGAAGCUGCUGAGGGGAUUGCCAGAGCUGGAGGGGAUAUUCUUGUUCGGCAUCGAGGCCUCGUACGAGUUCGAGAGGCAGAUUGCUGCGCUGGCCAUCGCGGCGCUGCGCGACGGCGAGUGGCCGCGAUUGAGAGACUUGAGGAUGCAGUCGCGAGCCGAUCCGAACCCGCCCCCCCAGCCCUCCUCCCACGACUUGAUGCAGCAUCAUAUGCAGCGUGUGCAGCAACAGAUGGCAGCGUUAAUCACGUCUCACGUGAUUGUUGCGACGAACUCGUGGGAUCAGGCCACUUCACAGUUUGCGGUGCCCAGCCCUGAGGAGGAGACCUGA